CAGCUAUCUCGGGCACAAUUGCAAUCUGGGAUAUCUUGGUAGGUAGUUCUCAAGCUACAAGCGCAUUGAUCGCAUCUAGUUGACGGUCACCGUAUUGGGACUGUGACAGCUCUUUCUGGGGACCACGACCAUGGGCAAGAAGAGUGCUCAGAUUCGCAACAAAGUGACGUCUAGUCCUACUGCUAACUCUAAUGAAGCGGAGGCGGGGUCUCCCGAGAUGCUGAAAUUGAAGGAUGAGGGCAACCGCCUUUUUGGCCGGAAGGAGUACCAGAAGGCGUUGGAGGCCUACGAUCGUGCACUGAAGGUUGCCAAUGUCGAGACCAAAGACGACAUUGCCCUGCUGCACAGCAACAAGGCUGCCUGCUACAUGAUGUUCCAGAGGUACAAGGAAGCUGUCAACGAGUGCUCAUCAGCGCUAGAUGCAGUGCCCGCCUAUCACAAGGCCCUAGUGAGGCGCGCUAAGGCCUACGAGCAGAUGGGGCACUUCAAACAGGCUCUUUCAGACAUCCAGAAGGCCAACAAAACAGACACAGCCAACCCCGAGAUCCAGGAGUCGGAGAAGCGGUUGCGAGACAUUGUGACAGGGAAGAGGCAGGGCGGUGUCCUGGCUGCGAACGGAACAGCAGGCAGGAAGCUUGGAAAGCAGCGCCAGCAGCUGUUGGUGUUCACAGGGAAGGUGUCUUUUGAGAAUGAGACGAGGGUGAUCCACCUGCCCAACACGCUCACAUACGCAGAGCUGCUGGAGCUAGUGAAGAACAAGUUCCCCAGCGCGUGGCCCUUCCAGGUCAAGUUCCUCGACCGGGAGGCGGACCUGAUCACGGUCACAGACAAGGCGGACCUGCAGCAUGCGAUGAACGACGCGAUGGAGGCGGCCGAGCGCAGCGCAUCGCUCCCGGGGCACGGCACGCGGGGCCUGCCCCUGCAGUCCCUCCUCGCCGGCCACCCCGUCAAGCUGCAGCUCGUGCGCUGCAAAGAGGAGGAGGUGCCGAAGCCCCCCCAGGAGGAGGAGUACAUGCUGGCGCAGCUGAACGAGAUGCGGCGCCAGCUGCAGGCCCAGCAGCUGGCGGCCGCGCAGAAGAAGGCGGCCGAGUCUAGCGCGGCAGCGCAGCAACAGCAGCAGGAGACGUUCGAAAUCGACCAGUGGAUUGUGGACUUUGCGCAGCUGUUCCGGGAGCAGCUGGGCGUUGACCCCGACAAGCACCUCGACCUCACCAACAUCGCCUGGGAGAAGCUGCAGGCGCGCACCAGCACUCGUCGCCAUUAUCCAAGUCAAACUGCAUCUCUUUGCCCUCAUACUCCCGUGGAGGCCAUAGUUCAACCAACCCUGGAGCUCCUCGCAAGGGACCAGGAUGGAAUUGAUAUUGCGGCGCUGGACACGGCGGUGCAGAGCGACAAGGCACCCGCGCUCUUUGACGGGGCAGCCGACAAGUUCCAGGAGGUCUCAGCGCACGGCAUGCUGCAGUGGGGCAACGUGUUCUUCUGCAUGGGCAAGCGCACCAUCGACAAGGCCGCAGCCGCCGGCCAAAACGUUUCCGAGGUGGCGGAGGAGGCGGAGGCGGAUUUUGCGAGGGCGCAGGAGAAGUACGAGGAGAGCCGGCGCAUCAAGUCGGACUACUACGACGCCUACGUCAGCCUGGGCAACCUUGACUUUGAGCGCGGCAAGCUCGCCCUUGGCCUCGCCGUCCCGCCCCCACAGCCUGCGGAGGAGCCGGCUGAGGGAGCUGAGAAGAAGAGCGAGGCGGAGGUGCAAGCCGCACAGGAGGCCGCCAACAAGCAGCAGCAGGCCGCCCUCAAGGCCGCCCUCGCCAAGAUCACGGAUGCGAAGCUGAAGGCUGCGCAGCCGUACUUUGAGCGCACGUGGGCCAAGUUCCAGGAGGCGCUGGACCAGCUGCCCGAGGCAGACAAGGGCAAGAAGCUCAAGCCCGUCCAGGAGGGGCAGCCAGUGGAGGACGAGAACAACCCGUGGGCGCACUGCAUGGUGAUGUGGGGCAACUUGCUGUACGAGGCCAGCCAGAUGUACGCCGCCGCCGGUCGCGCCGACUGGAAGGCAACGCUCGACCAGGCCGUCGACAACUUCCGCGCUGCCGGCUGCCCCGAGAACGACAUCCGCGCCGCUCUGGGCAACCACACCCAGGUCGAGCACUUGGACCUGCCCCCCAUCAAGGAGCCCGAGAAGGCCAAGCCGGCGGCGGAGGAGGCGAAUGGCAAGGCCGAGGAGGAGGCGCCUAAGGGCGGCCUGCCAGCUCUCGGCCCCAAGCCCAAGAAGAAAUCCGCGGCCGCCGCGCCAUCCGAGCCGGCCAAGCAGGCCGAGGCCUGA